UCACAAAACAUGGCGGAGAAGUCGGCUACGAGUGGCUCUCGCGUGGUAGUGGUCGCGCUUGACGGGAGCGAGUUUUCACAGAAUGCCUUUAAUUGGUACAAAGAGCAUAUCUACAGGCCUGACGAUUUCGUGAUCGCCGUCCACUCGCCCGAGUAUCACCACUGUCUAAACGCAGGCCAUGAGCGUCCAGACAUCAAACAGGUCGUGGAUCAGAUGGAACAGGAACAACAGAAGAAGAACAAGAUGCUGGAGGGAUUCAGUGCCCUGCUCUCUGACGCCGGGAUGACAGGCAAGGUAAAGAGCGUGAUCGGCAAUCCAGGGGAGGUAAUCGUGCGUAUUGCUGAUGAAGAAAACGCCAGCAUGAUCAUCACUGGAGCGCGAGGGAUAGGGAAGAUACGGAGGACGCUUCUCGGCAGCGUCAGCGACUACAUUGUACACCAUUCUCACGUGCCAGUUACAGUGUGCAGGCGGUGACCGACUUCCCGUCGUAGCGUUACCGGAGUAUACAUGAAAUGCGAGAAGCAGGAGCUUAAUUUACAUCUCAAAUGCAUAAUGUUUAGAUUUUAUAUGUUGUAUGUCGGAAUUGCCCCUGAUAAGAAAAUUAGAACAUAUGCCCUCAAUACUCUGCCAGCUCAUGAAUUCAAAUCGUCAUAUAAGAAGUUAUGUUUAAAGAAGUAGCAGACCAUGGGUUAAACGACAUUUCGGGAUAUCCCAUUUCGAUAUCUAAACAGUUUUCCUAAUAAUUGAUUGCAAGGCAACAUGUUGAACCCAUGGGUUGACUUCGGUUCAGCCAACAAUUCGACAUAUCCGAUUUCGAUACCUCGUCAUUUCCACUUUUUAGUAUGUCAACAUACACCAACUUGUUAAGACUUGACUUAAUUUAACCGACGAUUCGGCAUAUGCUAAGUUUGCUAUGGUGGUUAAGAAUCGACUUCAUGACUGGUGAUUGUUCGACAUAUCCGAUUUAGUUGCGAAGUUUGUUAUUAACGUGUGGUAUAGUGUGAUAAGUGGUUAGAAAGGGUCAAUAGUGCUUACUUUCAAUAUCCAGUGAGGCACGAAGAAUUAUGGAUUAUUUGUCACUUGUGAGUGUGAGUGAGUGAGUGAGUGUGUUGGGUUUAACGCCGCUGUUAAGACCAUCAGUCAUUAUUUUAGGUGUUCCUCAUCUACGACUAUAACCAGCUAGAGAGCGGGCCCCCCAAAAAAGGAAAUAUAGUUUUCAAAAAUGAUUUCCACUAAUUGUAUAACUAUUUUUUAAUUUUUUUUUUAAAAUGUGGAUGAUUUAGUAAUUUAAAUUGAUUCAUUAUGUAGAUCGACUUGCUUUCUUUCCAAAACAAUUCUUUAGUAAACGUAGAUGAAAAUAGACCCAGCUGGCCUGACCACUAGGAGUGAAUGAGUAUGGUUUUACACCGCUUUUAGCAAUAUUCCAGCAAUAUCACGGUGGGGGACACCAGAAAUAGUCUUCACACAUGGUACCCAUGGGAAUCAAACCCGGGUCUUCGGCGUGACGCGCGAACGCUUUAACCACUAGACUACCCCACCAUCCGAGACUGGGAGGAAAGACUGAAGUGAUGUAGGUCUACGGAGUUUCCUACUUCGGUAAACUGAUAAAGCGGCGACACUCUAGUGAAAUUUGGCUGAGUGUGGGUGUGGAGUGAGUGUGGGUGUCGGUGUGGAGUGAGUGUUGAGGGUUGAGUGUGGGAUGUGGGAUAGAUGGCGUGGCUUUUGGGGUACUGUGUGUUGGGUGUGGAGUGUGGGGUACUGGGUGUGCAGAAGGGUGUGUGGAUUUAUUUGAAGAAGAACAUGACAUAUCAAUCUCUCAGAAAAUCAUUGAUGUCGAUCAGUUGUUAAAGAGGACGCAAUGAUGUCAUUUUGUUACGUCAUGAAGAGCAGAUGACGUCAUAUCGCAUACAUUUUUGGCUGUGACUGUAAGCGCCAUAUUAGUAUAACCAAGCAACAUUUGGAAUAAUAUACUGAUACGAUUAUCAGAAUAUCAUUUUCAAUUUUCUAACCUUUGUGGAGUACUGAACAUUUCUUUGUAGAGUUUCUCAAAAUUUCACAAUGUCGAAUGUUUGGGGCAAUAUAGUGCAGUUACGUGUCGUCAUUAUUGUCUGUUGACGUAACUGAAUGUAGGGGUGACGCCUUUGCGUACGGAGUUAUGGCAAGUUAUCAUGCUGCUAACUUCAUGAAGAGUUUGUGUUGGUCACUUUUAAUAAAUGUCACAAUUAUA